AUGACGAGCGCCAUGAUCUACGGAGGUUCGUCCGAAGUUUGUUGUCUUUGUAACAAGACCGUCUACGCUGCUGAGAGGAUAGCUACAGAUGGUCGUAUUUACCACGCGAACUGUUUCCGUUGUCACACCUGCAACAAGAAGCUCGCGCUCGGCACUUAUGCCCAGAUCAGUGGGACAUUGUUCUGCAAGCCUCACUUCGACGCCCAGUUUCACGCAGCGGGGCGCUACGAAGUGGUGACACCGACGAAAAAUGGUGUCGGAGGACGUGCACCAGCAACAGACGGCAGAAGGAAGCCGCUGGAGUCCUGGAAUCCGCCCGCAUCUGGAGAGCCAGUUGUGCGUUACCUGGACUACUUGUUACAGCGGAUCGAGGAGCAGCAACAGCAUAUGGGAGAGCUGCGGGACGCGCUCGAAGAUUUGCGUAACCAGUUGGCACAGUGA